GCUGCGAGCGCGCGACGCCAGCAAACGUGUGUUGUGUCGGCUCCGCCGAUUUUCGGCUGGGCCCGCGGCCCAAAUCACCCUACCCAGGCAAAACUGGCAUCGAGCGAUCCGGAACAUCGAGCCGAACAGCUGGAUACCAAAGUCUUCCAGGUGGGCCCAUUUUCUCCAAAUUUACGGCCGUUUUUCGACCGACCACGUCGGCGCCGUCGUUAGCGACGCCGACGCCCGGCCGGGUGGAAUCGGCCCUCCGAGGGCAAAAUGGCGGAAUCCGCGCUCCAAUUGCGCGCGUACGACCCUGAGGCGAUGGCGUGGACCACGGUCCCCACCACCGGUGACGCAAAUUCGACGGUUUUUCCGAAAAUUCGGAGUCAAGCUUUACUUCAAGCGGCCGAACGCCGCUCCCAGGACAAAGCCAAGAUGACGGCGUCCAGCGCCGCCCCGGCCGCCGGCUCAUUGGUCGGAAACAUGAACGCUCCCGCGACGCGCGCCACGGGACGCAAGGGCAAGGCGUUCACGAAGUGGAAGCCGCGCCCAAUGAUCAAACCUGCUCCCGAAGACUACGUCAUAGUAAUCAAGCCCAGAGAACGUGUUUCUCUUCACGAGGCGUUCACGGAAACCGGCUACGGCACCGCCAUCUCGGCGUACCUCGGGCCGGAACGGGCCCGCGCCACCUCCGUUCUGCCAUCGCGAGACCAAAACAUCAUCAUCGUGCAUACCCCGGACAUCGAGGCGGCCGACCGGCUCAUCGGGGACUUUGCAGUAAAUACCGAGAAGGGAUCGGUCCCACUUCACGGUUACUUGAGACAAGACGGCGGCAACACGUGCCACGGAGUGAUCGUGGUCCGUAACACGGACACCACGGAAACUCUUCAACACCGAGUGUGCUGGCGUGCUGGCACCAUCGUGGAAAUCCGAAAAUUUGGAACAUCCAACAAGGCACGCAUCACCUUCGCGGGUAAGGAGAAGCCCCGUUACGUGCAUUAUGACAACAUGGUCGUCUCUGUGCAAAACUAUUACAAAACUAUCCCCGCCUGCGGCCAGUGUGGGGCCGUCGGGCACCGCGGGGAUGCAUGUCCGAACCUGCAGCCGAACACGUGUGGACUCUGCGGACUCCAUGCUCCGCUAGUGGAGGGAGUGCGGGCCCCUCACAACUGUGUUCCCCGUUGUUCUGUGUGCGGUGGUGCCCAUGCCACCAACUCUCGCGACUGUGCGGCAAAAUUCCGCACACCCAAGACGGCCGCCAAAAAGAGCGGGAAACAGAAAAUGACGCCCAAGAACAAAAGCCGCCAUCUUGGGCAACCCAACGACCAGCUGCCACCACACGGCGGCAUGGAGAAACGAGCGGCGGAGACGCACGGCAAAACCGGGGCGUGGGUCAAUGCCGUCAAAAACGGGCGCCAGGUGAGCAAUUCGGGCGGGGCUGCUUCUUCCCCCCCUCUUACUCCCCUCCCAAGCGCGCGGAGCGCCGAGCAAGAUCAAAUAGCAACACUCAGGGCCCAAAACGAGAUGCUGCUAAAAAAAAUUAACGAAUUAGAAUCCAAAAUUAACCAGCCUCUUUCUCCUCCCUCCCUCCCCGCGACUGAGGUAAUGGAAAGUGAGCUCGUGGAGCCGAAGGCGGCAACAAGCGCGGAGGCCGCAUUCGACGCCCGUUUCGAGGCCCGUUUCGGGGCCAUAGACGCCCGAUUCGCCGCCUUGGAAAACCAAAUCUCAAUGAUGGUUACCGCCAUCUCAAAAUUGCAAGACACAAUUCCCGCGAUGAUUGCCCAACAAAUUGCGCACUCCUCGCGCCCCUCGCGCAGGCCCGGCGGUCCCUACAAGGACGUAUCCGGCCGCCCUCUCAAAACUUCUAGACGCACCCCCGAGGUAGAUGAUGACGACAGCUGCUCGCUCUCUGGUAUGGAGGACUCCGCCCUCCUUGUGAGUGCUGGCUCCGGAGCAGCGUCACUACAACCCAACCUCAGCCUAACUGACCAUGGCGAGCCGUCCUAAAAUCAGGCGCUCCCCCAAAAACAAUUCGGCCACCCCUGUUCACAUUGUCCAGUGGAACUGUCGGGGCUUCCGGUCCCGCGCGAAGCGGGCGAA